GCAAAAGUACUCUAGCCUUCCGAGAAAAUCUUUAUAUCUUGCGCUCGAAGUCCACCGCCUAAAAUAACCUACUCGUCUCUCGUUUUCCGUGGCCAUUAGGAAGAAGCCGCUCCCAAUUCUCUAAUGGGGAGUCUCAUCCGCAGAGAUGAUGACGUUGAUAUUAAUCAACCUCUAGUACCGGAAUCAACCUCACACCCUGGAUCAAAAGCGUCAGCAUCCGAAGAAGAAGAUCAAGAAACGUCUAAACAACUUGCAUCCAGGAUCUGGAUAGAAACCAGGAAGCUAUGGAAAAUCGUGGGUCCUGCCAUCUUCAGCCGCGUUGUUUCCUACAGCAUGAACGUUAUCACCCAAGCCUUCGCCGGCCACCUUGGCGAAGUUGAACUCGCUGCCAUUUCCAUUGCCAACACUGUUAUCGUCGGCUUCAAUUUUGGCCUUCUGUUGGGGAUGGCAAGCGCAUUAGAAACGCUUUGUGGGCAAGCAUUUGGGGCCAAGCGAUACCGGAUGCUGGGAAUAUAUCUGCAACGGUCAUGGAUAGUGCUCUUCCUCUGUUGUUUCCUGCUAUUACCUUUUUACAUUUUCGCCUCCCCGAUUCUGAAACUCCUAGGACAGCCCGACGACGUGGCGGAGUCGUCAGGGUUGGUGGCCUGUUGGCUAAUUCCCUUGCACUUUAGCUUUGCGUUUCAGUUCCCAUUGCAGAGAUUCUUGCAGUCACAGCUCAAGAACAUUGUGAUUGCUUGGGUUUCUUUAGCGGGUCUACUUGUUAAUGUGUUGAUGAGUUGGCUCUUAAUUUAUGUAUUCGAUUUUGGGCUUGUGGGUGCUGCUGUUUCUUUGGAUGUCUCGUGGUGGGUCUUGGUUUUUGGAUUGUAUGGCUAUACCGUGUGUGGUGGGUGUCCUUUGACUUGGUCCGGAUUCUCUAUGGAAGCUUUUUCUGGACUUUGGGAGUUUCUCAAACUCUCAGCUGCUUCUGGAGUCAUGCUUUGCUUGGAGAAUUGGUACUACAGAAUACUAAUUCUAAUGACUGGAUUCUUGCAGAAUGCUACUCUUGCUGUGGAUGCCUUGUCUGUCUGCAUGACGAUCAAUGGAUGGGAGCUAAUGAUUCCUUUGGCUUUCUUUGCCGGCACCGGAGUCCGGGUUGCCAAUGAGCUUGGAGCUGGGAAUGGUAAGGCAGCAAAAUUUGCAACAAUUGUCUCCGUGACACAGUCUUCUGUGAUUGGUGUAUUCUUCUGCGUGCUGAUCAUGAUCCUUCAUAACAAGAUCGCAUAUAUAUUCAGUUCCGAUACUGAUGUGCUCGAUGCAGUUGAUAAGCUAUCAUUAUUGUUAGCCGCCACCAUUCUUCUUAACAGCGUUCAACCUGUUUUAUCAGGAGUGGCUGUUGGAUCGGGAUGGCAGGCAAUGGUUGCAUAUAUAAAUCUAGGGUGCUACUACAUAAUUGGACUCCCACUUGGAAUUCUAAUGGGAUUGGUCUUCGACUUUGGAGUUAUGGGAAUAUGGGGUGGAAUGGUUUUUGGAGGGACUGCCGUCCAAACAGUGAUUUUGGCUGUCAUAACAAUUCGAUGCGAUUGGGAAAAACAGGCUGAGAUAGCCCAGCAGCGUGUAAACAAAUGGACAAGUACUCCUAAACAAGAAGAUGAUCAAACCGAGGUCCAAAACUAAGAUGAUCAUCUGUUUCAUUAAUGAAAUAUUGGCACUUGUCGUUGAAAGAACCUCAUGCGGAUCUACAGCUAUCCUCUUUCUCCACCUUGUACUAAUAUCUAUUGUCCUGCUCAUCCAGUUUUGGAUGAUUUAAUAUUUUUUGGAGAUGUUUUCUUUAUAUUAGGAAGCGGUUUUAUAUUAAUCAUAUUGGAGAUGAGUAUAUUCAUGUAUGAGAAAUGUUUUAAUCUUAAAAGAAAUCUCA